AAGAAAAACGUUUACCAUUAACUCAUAAAAUAGAGUUACUAAGUUAUACACAUAAGUUCUUUCUCAGCCACAUUGAAAUUAUAGGAAGCAAAAGCUUCUAUUUUUGAUUGAAGAAACGUUUCCUACUUUAAGAUUUGAAACCUGAUGGCCUUGCAAAAGGCGCACGGAAGGACCACCGCAGCGGCAUUGCAUUAACUGUACCUCUGCUCCUUUUAUUAUGCACUCUAGCUGUCAUAGUGCUGGAGCUCUUGGGACACCUCCAUUGAAAUCGACAAAGCCACCCCCACUCCCUGCCCCGCCCUGCUCCAUCCACUCACAGCCAUUAAUUAACAAAACACGCAACGCGGUCGCGUACACAAGUGUGACUACGUCAAGCUGGCAUUACUUUAACCCCCACUUUCUAUUGCUUGCUAAUUGCGUUUCCUUUCCUUCUUACUGGUUUCCCUUCCACACCUCUUGCUCCUCAUCCUAAUCCCAAUUCCCAAAUGCCAUACUAUAUAUACAUGCACCCCACGCAGCCUGCUUCUCCAUCCCACUAUAUAUACAUAUACCCCACGCAGCCUGCUUCAUCAUCCCAUCAGUUCACCCUUCACUUCAACCAUCAAGUAAUUACCCAGUUGUGAGAAGGUCAUUUUACAUUGUUAUGGCUACUUUCGUUUCUACCCCUUUGCUUCUCCAACUCUUCCUCUUCGUUUCUCUGCUUCAUUUCACCUCCGCCGCUAGACAACUCGCCAGGUCGACUCAAGACCCCACUCUUGCCUUCCGAUACCAUAACGGUCCUCUCCUCACGGGACCACUCUCCGUCAACCUCAUCUGGUACGGCCACUUCAAGCCUGUCCAGCGUGCCAUCGUCUCCGAUUUCCUCACCUCCCUCUCAUCUCCCCGACCCCCCAUGGCCCAACCCUCGGUUGCCACCUGGUGGAAUACCGUCGAGAAAUACUACCGCCUCCUUAAUUCUAAGAAGCCCUCUUCGGUUGCUCUCUUCCUCGGCGGUCAAAUCCUAGAUGAGAGCUACUCUCUCGGGAAAUCACUCACCGGUCAGCAGAUCGAACGACUGGCGGCAAAGGGCGAGCAGAAGAACGCCAUUAACGUCGUGUUGACGGCUUCCGAUGUGGCGGUUGAAGGCUUCUGCUCCAGCAGGUGCGGCAGACACGGAUCGUCCCAGAGCUCCAGCAUCCGAGACGGCAAGAGAUCCAGAUUUGCUUACAUUUGGGUGGGUAACUCCGAGACUCAGUGCCCGGGUCAGUGCGCCUGGCCGUUCCACCAACCUAUCUACGGACCCCAAACCCCGGCCUUGUUAUCACCCAACAACGACGUCGGUUUGGACGGCAUGGUCAUAAACCUGGCUAGCCUUUUGGCAGCAACUGCUACAAACCCAUUUGGAAAUGGGUACUUCCAGGGCGUAACGGGGGCUCCGUUGGAGGCUGGUUCGGCUUGUACGGGAAUUUACGGGAACGGGGCUUAUCCGGGUUACGCCGGGAGCCUGUUAUUGGAUAAUGCGGGUGCCAGCUACAAUGCGCAUGGUGCGAAUGGGAGGAAGUACCUGCUUCCCGCAUUGUUUGAUCCGUCCACGUCAUCGUGUUCUACGCUAGUUUAAACCAUGUAUGCGUAUGGGAUAAGAAACCCAACGGCUGGGUAUAAUUUAGAUGUAGGGGGAGCGUAGUUGCCUGAGAUUCUUUCAUUUGUUUAUUUAUUUAUUAAAUUUUGUAUUGAUUUGAAGACUGAAAUAAAUAUACCAAAAAAUAUUUAUUUCAUUCACAAAGAAAA